AUGGCGCGAACUCGACAGCAACACGAUCAAAGCGAGGAAUGGAGUUGUCCGCUCUGUACGCUGCUUAACGUGGCGGAAGACGAUCACUGCGCAGCUUGUGAUAAUUCAAGGCCUCUUGUGCACCAUCCUCACAAGUCUCAGUCCUUAGGACCUCCUCUAGCCACCGCUACAGCUACCGACGUGCAGCAUGUCAUUCGUCCUAUCACUGGUGUAUUUUUUACCUCAUUACCACGAGAUCACUGCACUACCGACGUUAUUUCGGAUUGGAGACAAGAGCCAAGACUUAAAGUGAAUAGACGGCGCAAGAACGGGCAGCUGAAUGUGAUUAUGGAUCGCGAGAGGGAGAUGACAAGUGAGAGGAUUGAGACAGGUACAAGAGAGCAGAAUGCAGACUCUAGAGAGAUAGAAAGAGGCUUCCGACAGGAAAAAAAGACGAUGGAAGUAGUGCACAAUGCAGUGGAUACUAUGGAAUCAAUGGUGAUGAUAGAGAAGGAGAUGGAGAGUCAGGAAGAGGAAGAGAUGGCAAUGGAGGAGCCAUGUUUUAAUCUACUGGGGUCGGUAGCCACAGCAUUUAAUGCUCCAGUAACCGACAAUAUAGUCGAGUCUAAGGAUGAGAUAAAGAGUCGAGCUGAGAGUACACAAGUAGACACGGAUAACAAUGUGGUGAGGGGUCUGUCUCCGUCACGAUACCCUGGCUUUAUGCCGGCAAGUAAAGUGCAUGUUGAAGAGCAGGAAAUUGAUGAGAAGCUGGCAAGUGCAGGACUAGAUUUAAGUGACUCGGAGGAGGAGAUGAAAGAGGUAUCGUUACGACAAUGGAAGGAGAAAGAGGAUGAAUGGGUAUGCCAAAUAUGCACAACCCUUAAUGAACGGGCAGUGCUGGAAUGCUCAAGCUGUAGCUGUAGCUGCAAGCGCUAUCGAGAUAUUUCACGUGAAACUAACACGGAGACUGGGUCGCCUUUACGAUGGGCGUGUUAUAUCUGCACGAAUCUGAAUCCUUCUGAUUCGACCGCUUGCCUCAUGUGUCUGAGCACAAGAAAAGCGGAGACUGGAGCAUCGAAUACCUAUUCUGACAAGACCUGGACGUGCUCGCUGUGCACUACUCUCAACGACUUUGGCAUCACGCGGUGUGAAGUAUGUGAUCGUUUGCGGGAAGAGGGACCCAAAAGUCCCACCGGAAAAGGUCGUGAGUGUCGAGUGUGUACGAAUAUUAACUCUCCAAGUAGUACGCGGUGUGAAAUUUGCGAAACAAGUUUACCAACAGACAAGACCCCUGAUAAUCAUCUCGUUGAUUUGUCUCUCAGCUCACCAGCUCGUACGGCUAGCUACACUGCUUAUCAAGAUGACCUCGAGAAUCCAUACGUAGACUUGUCGCAGUACAAUGGCUGCGAUGCUUCAAAUGAAGCUGCUGAUUAUGAUGUUCUUGAAGAGAUCUCUGACCAUGAACCUCCAAUGUCCGUGGUCAACCGACCUCCAUUACAAGUACGUCAAGACUUGAUGAAGUUCGAGCAUUUUGUUUGCAUAGAAGACUUACGUGGCGACGCUGGUUGCUGUAUCAACUACAACAAAAUGUUCGCAGGCCAAAGGUCUAGUAAGUCUUACACCGACCGCAUCGCUACUAGGCAAGCACAGUCGCGGAAGCGGAAGCAAGAUGCUGCCCGUAAGGAGGCAGGAAAAACGCCAACUCUUACCUCUCGAGGUGGCAAAGCGGCCCGUGGAAGCGGUAAACGGAAGGCAGCUGCUGCACGACGAGGCGGCGAAAAGGUAUCAAGGGCCAAGAGAGCAAAGAAGGCAGGAGUCGCAGCACGUCCGGCCAGUUCCGCAACAAAAUGUUCUCCAACUAUCAACCACUAUGACGAUUCUGCGGCUGACCUGGGCGAGGACCUGUCUACAAUGGCGUGGGAAGGCGUCGGAUCUGCCGGAUAUAUCUGA